AUGCACAAACAUAGGAAGGUAAAAUACGCUGAAAGUUGCUUGUGUUAUGUGUCAAUCUGACGGGAUUUAACGGGUCUAACACUUCUUUCAUUUUGGUUCUAGUUCGGGAGACAUCGAUGUUUCCCAAUUCCAAAUAAACAACCGAACGUCACGAAUUACAUGUUUGUUCAAAUCUAUUCAAGAGCUUCGGGGAAAUACAUUCAAGUUAAGAGGAACGGAGUUGAUGCUGGCGGCGUGAAUGGCUCACAAUAUGGUAAGGAUGCCGAUUUGUGUAUGUGUGUUUUUAAUAUUAAAACGUGUAGAGACAGGAUACUGUAAUACAAUUAAGCUUUCUGUUGCUUUGUCUUCAUUAAUCUCGUUUUUUUGUCCUGUUUUAAAUUAAACGGACUGGUUGGGAUCCCGAAAGAGGCCUUCAAGCCCGUAUGCUCGAUCUCUCGUAACGAAUGAGGAUUUUUUGCCUGGGGUUGUGAGAAAAAAGGACUGGAAAUCAAAAUUUUUUCGUUUCGUUGCCUUAGUUAAUAUAGACGAAUAUGAUGGAAAGAAAAAUUCACAAAGGAUAAGAAGCAACUUAAGAGAAAUGUCAAAGAAGAACGAUGAAGACAAGAACACGAUCUCGAUUAAGCAGAUAUUUGAGAUGAUUUUCCGUAAGCAAGAAAAAAGAUAUUUCUGGGUUAAUUAUUGUGAAAUUUGAAAGAAAAACAAAGCUUUUUAAUGAGAAACUGUUCACUGAUUCUCACGCCCAAGGGCUUUUUAAUUUAAACGAGCAGGGCGUCUUGUAACAAACUUAAUGGAAAAAAACACUCCACAAUGAUAUCAAGAUGUUCGGGGAAUGGAAAUUGUUAUUUUCUUUCCUUUUUUUAAGACAACAUUUGGAUUGAUCCUUGUUCUGGGGGUUGACGAUCUUUAAAAAAUCAUUAGAGGAUUCAAACCAUUCCUUAAUAGAUGUCCAAGAUAGGGUCAUCUGUAUAAAAAGUAAACAACCUUAAACCCUCAGGCGAAUACUCCCCCGGCUGUGGUUUGGGUAGGGCCCGGACCGUCGAACCUUUCAUCAAUGAGGUCAUCCCAUUCACUUUUGGCGUAAAAAGUGUUAAAUCAGACUCCUACAGUUAGCUACGAACCGUUUCUCGAACUCCUGGGAAAAGCUGUUUUUCUCUACGUGUUUAACGAGUUAAGAUCGAGAUAGUAAUAGAAUUAACGGUGUUAUUGUGCGUGCGAGAAAGUUUUUGUCGGCGUAGGUAACGUCUAACAAUCUUUCAAAUGCUUUUUUUCAGCCGUCAUAUCCAUGCGCACCAGAUUUGCUAGUGCACGAAUAAUGCUGUCAAGUAACCAGGCUAAUUUCGCACCUGUAACGAUAAAAUUUUUUACGAUAAAUGUACGACUCUCUGAAAUUUAGAUCGCUACUUAUAAGAUUAGUUCCAGAUUGGCAAACCGGGAUUGUGUAUAAGAUCAGAUCUACGAUAUGCGACCGACGGAAGUGCACAUGUUAGAAAGGAAAUUCUCGGGCCUUAGUGCAAUACCCUAACUUCGCCUACAUUCAAUCUGUAGCGUUACUGAAGCUGGAGACGGGCGACUUGGCGAGUCUUGUUACCAUCCAAGGGGUGAAAACAAACCGUUACCUCUGCCUAAAUAGGAUAGGACACAUCGUUACAAGGGUGAGAAAAUCUUCUCUUAACGCGUUUUAUUACUAAGCACAGCUGACAAUAAAUCGCAUUGACCAUGCUUUGGCUAUGACCUUCGUACAGCAACAACUUGCCUCUGAUCGUGGCCGUAUUUAUUUUGACAGACGUUAAAACCAUCCCACACGUGUUAUACAUCUCAGACGUACAAUUUAUCGGGGAACUGGCCAAGUGAAAAGCCAGAAUGCAUCACAAAAUCAAACAAGAAUGUAUGUUAAGUCGUAAAAAAGUGAGGGCUCGUUCCCAGGCGCUCAUCCUGUUUCGCCGCUCUCCGCUGACCGCGACUCAUCUAUUUUCUGGAGUCUUCUCGAUUUUCAUGCGACUUGAAUAAUGCAUUAUGACUAACUUUCAUAAAGUCUUAAAUUAUCGCCAGUGGGGGGGGAAGGUGGGAGGACUUGAGGGGAUUAUAAGAAUAUCGCAGAGCCCUAUAGGGGGAUCAGUUUAAUUUUAUCUUUGCACAUCCAAAAUCUUCCAACUUCCCACCGCGCGCCACAAUAUACCAUAAUGGUUAUUUCCUUCUUCUGACCAUUUUUAUUUAUUUUAGAAGAAAAAGCAAGAAUUUUCAACGAUGAAGAGGUGCGAGUUUUACCAAGAAGAUGUUAAGGGCUAUGACCAAUACAGAUCAGCCAAGUAUCCACAAUGGAUCUUGGGUUUCUCCAGACGGGGUCGCAUUUUGAGCGGAAUCAAGAGUGCCAAUUGCAAAAGUAAAUGCAGUUAUUUCUUGCGAUACCAGCAGCCAAACGCUCAGACAAGAAAACAUCGCAGGAACCUGAGGCAGAUGCUUGGAAAGUUUAUGAGACGUUAA